AGAAAUGUCUAGUAAAUGGCAUGUUUUUUAAGAAUUAUGCUUCAUUAUAGCCUUGACAGCACGGCGGGACGAAACGGCCGGGUAUUCUCGAUCAGGUCGUGUAUGUGACUGCGGGGAUUUUCCGGGGUACGGAUAUCGACGGCAGAAGUUCCGCCUUGACUCCUGCCGCCCGUCUGUCACUCUCCGAUCAACGAUCCGAUAUAUAGGCAGUUCUCCCUUCCUGCCAUACUAUUUAACGUUCCUGUUUCCUCGAUUGAUGAUUCUUUGAAAGUUGUACACUGAGAUAUUAAUUUCCCAUACGGGUUGGUAUUUGUUGUCCUUGAGACCUAACAGACGAAUCCCACGUCUGUUACAGCCCUCUUAGCUGCCAGUAUAUAGCUCUCCACUCAGCGAUCACAACCAUCAUGACUUCGCAAGUGGCAACCUGCCUGCGGUUUGCCAGGCAAUUCUCCACUGAUCCCAAAAAGCACCAACGCUUUCUCGCACGUGCUUUCUCGAGCACCGUUCGCCGCAAUGAAAUCAACAAGGUCUUCCCCUCCGCUGAAGUCGCAGUCAAGGAUAUGAAGUCCAACUCGACACUUUUGGCUGGUGGAUUUGGUCUCUCGGGUGUCCCAGACAGCUUGAUCAAUGCUGUGCGGGCAAACCCUUCAAUCACGGGUUUGACUGUUGCUAGCAACAAUGCCGGUGUUGAUGGAUCGGGACUGGGUCUCCUGCUGCAGUCUAAGCAGAUCAAGAAGAUGAUUGCUAGUUAUGUCGGCGAGAACAAGACCUUUGAGCGCAUGUACCUGACCGGCGAGAUUGAGCUCGAGUUGACUCCUCAGGGUACCCUGGCAGAGCGAUGCCGCUCCGGUGGUGCAGGUAUCCCGGCAUUCUACACCCCCGCUGCUUUUGGAACAGUGGUGCAGACGGGUGAGCUGCCUCUGAGACACAAUGAGGAUGGAACUGUCGCGGUGUAUGGCGAGCCCCGCGAUGUCAAGGUGUUUGACAACAAGAGCUACGUGAUGGAGGAGGCUAUCAAAGGUGACUACGCCUUUGUCAAGGCCUACAAGGCCGACAAGCUUGGUAACUGCCAGUUCCGCUAUGCGGCGGCCAACUUCAACGGCGCGAUGGGCCGUAACGCUAAGAUGACCAUCGUCGAGGCCGAGAACAUUGUCGAGGUCGGAGAGAUUGACCCUGCUGCCGUCCAUCUGCCUGGUAUCUACGUCAAGCGUGUUAUUCAAAGCACCGCGGAGAAGAAGAUUGAGAAGUACACCUUCGCCAAGGAGGAGGGCUCUGACGCCGCUGCCUUGGGUAAGGGUGACACCGCCAACAAGCGCGAGCGCAUCGUGCGUCGCGCAGCUAAGGAGUUCAAGAACGGCAUGUAUGCAAACUUGGGUAUUGGAAUGCCUAUGCUGGCUCCCAGCUUUGUGGACCCAUCGGUAGAAGUCCAGCUCCAGUCGGAGAACGGUAUUUUGGGACUGGGCCCUUACCCUAAGAAGGGACUGGAGGACCCCGAUCUCAUCAACGCAGGCAAGGAGACGGUUACCCUGCUGCCCGGUGCUUCUUGCUUUGGCAGUGAUGAGUCCUUUGGCAUGAUCCGAUCUGGUCGCAUUGACCUGACCAUCCUGGGAGCCAUGCAGGUGAGCGCCAGGGGUGAUUUGGCCAACUGGAUGCUUCCUGGUAAGAUCAAGGGCUUCGGUGGUGCCAUGGAUCUCGUCUCCAACCCGUCGGAGACCAAGGUGGUUGUGACAAUGGAGCACACAGACAAGAAGGGCAACCCCAAGAUUGUCAAGCAGUGCGAGUUCCCCUUGACCGGAAAGACCUGUGUGAGCCGCAUUAUCACCGACCUCUGCGUGUUCGAUGUCGACUUCACUAAUGGCCUGACCUUGGUCGAGGUUGCCGAGGGUGUCACUGUUGAUGAGGUGAGGGCUAAGACCGAGGCUCCUUUCAAGGUUGCAGACGACUUGAAGCCCAUGCUGUGAAGAGCUAUCAAUUGUUGAGCUUUGAUUUUGCAUUUUAGUGUUUUGUGAUGAGCGUACUUUUCUCUGAGUUUGUUUUCGGCUAUGUUGACUAUAUCACUGUUGCACACGACAUCUAUUAUAUAAGUAUAUGG